AUGUUACUGGAGAUGAAGAAAAUAACAUGGAAGUACCAGAGAAUAACAUGGAAGUACAUUCGAAGGUCCAGACACUUCCAUGUUAUUCUCUGGUACUUCCAUGUUAUUUUCUUCAUCUCCAGUAACAUCAUCUUUAUAAACUUGUUGAACAAGUAUGCCUCCUAUUUGUUCCUCCUCAUCUUUUGCGGCACUUUCAUCGCUUUUUGUGUUGCUAUUGGUAAUUGCUCGGAAACAUUGAUCGACUCGGCGAUCGCCGCUGAGAUGUACAUAAGGAAUCAAAAUGCUUUGAAGUUGAGUAUUGGCUUUUGGCCGAAAGGGGCUGCCAAAUUUUUAACUUGUGAACAUAUUUUCUUGAGGAUAUUCAUUUCUUGGUGA